ACACACACACACAUACACACACACGCGCACGCACACACACACACAAGAUGGCGGCCGGCCGCAGCUCCACAACAGAGAGGCCGAGUUAGUUCAACUUCUCCCGGACUUUGUUGAACUGUUUUCCCGCUCUGACCGGAGACAUGAGAGGCUCCCGCCGCCGCUGCCGGCUCGUCUAACGGCUGAGUGUUUCCCGGUGAUGUUCCCGUGAAGCUGCUCCGUCUGAAGAGGACUUUUCUCUGAACCGGGAGGUCAGACGUCAGUGUUCCAAGAUGGCGGCAGCGUCGUACGACCAGCUGCUGAGGCAGGUGGAGGUGUUAAAGAUGGAGAACUCGAACCUGCGACAGGAACUGCAGGACAACUCCAACCACCUGACCAAGCUGGAGACAGAGGCCUCCAACAUGAAGGAAGUGCUGAAGCAGCUGCAGGGCACCAUAGAAGAAGAGUCUGGGGAGACGUCCGGCUCUCAGAUGGAGCUCAUCGAGAGACUGAAAGAGAUGAGCCUGGAGUCUGCAGGUUUUAAGCCCAGAUCAAGGCCUCCUCUGCCCCCCUCGUCCUCGUCUAGCUCUGCCUCUUCUGGCUCUGGAACUCCUGGAGGAGCCGCUGGAGGCUCUGGAGCUCCAGGGCCCCCGACAGCCGCCCCCUUCCCCAGGAGAGGGCUGCCGUCUGCAGGCAGAGACAGCCAUGACCGGUGCCUGGAGGAGCUGGAGAAGGAGAGGUCUCUGCUAUUGGCUGAGCUGGAGAAGGAGGAGAAGGAGAAGGACUGGUACUAUGCUCAGCUGCAGAAUCUCACCAAGAGGAUCGACAGUCUGCCGCUCACUGAAAAUUUCACUCUGCAGACUGAUAUGAGUCGCCGUCAGCUGGAGUUUGAGGCUCGUCAGAUUCGUUCAGCGAUGGAGGAGCAGCUUGGCUCCUGUCAGGAGAUGGAGAGGAGAGCUCAGGCUCGGGUGUCUCGUAUUCAGCAGAUAGAGAAAGACAUCCUGAGACUGGGAGCUCGUCUGCAGGUAGAGGAAGCUCAGGGGCCAAGCGACAGCAGCGGAUUGGCCGGGGCUCAGAGCUCCAGCAGCCGAUUGGAUCAUGAGCCGGCCAAUGAGACGAGUUACUCUGUGCCUCGACGAAUCACCAGCCACCUGGGAACCAAGGUGGAGAUGGUCUACAGUCUUCUGUCCAUGCUGGGAACUCACGAUAAGGACGACAUGUCGCGGACACUGCUCGCCAUGUCGAGCUCACAGGACUCGUGCAUCGCCAUGCGUCAGUCCGGCUGCCUGCCGCUGCUCAUCCAGCUGUUGCAUGGCAACGACAAAGACUCCCUGUUGCUAGGUAACUCUCGCGGCAGCAAAGAGGCGCGAGCACGAGCGUCAGCGGCGCUGCACAACAUCGUACACAGUCAGCCAGACGAUAAGAGGGGGCGGCGGGAGAUCAGAGUGCUCCACCUGCUGGAGCAGGUGCGUCACUACUGCGAGGCGUGUUGGAGCUGGCAAGAGAACCACGAGAGGGGCGUCGACCAGGAGGACAACCCCAUGCCGUCUCCAGUGGAGCAUCAGAUCUGUCCGGCCGUCUGCGUCCUCAUGAAGCUUUCCUUCGACGAGGAACAUCGACACGCUAUGAACGAGCUCGGCGGUCUGCAGGCGGUGGCGGAGCUGCUGCAGGUGGACUGUGAGAUGUUCGGUCUGAGCAGCGAUCAUUACAGCGUCACGCUGCGGCGGUACGCCGGCAUGGCGCUCACUAACCUCACCUUUGGAGAUGUAGCCAAUAAGGCCACGCUGUGCUCCAUGAAGGGCUGCAUGAGAGCGAUGGUCGCCCAGCUGAAGUCUGAGAGUGAAGACCUGCAGCAGGUGAUCGCCAGCGUUCUGAGGAACUUGUCGUGGCGUGCUGAUGUCAACAGUAAGAAGACGCUGCGUGAGGUCGGCAGUGUGCGAGCGCUGAUGGGCUGCGCUCUCGAGGUCCAAAAGGAGUCGACUCUGAAGUCCGUACUGAGCGCGCUCUGGAACCUGUCGGCUCACUGCACGGAGAACAAGGCGGACAUCUGCGCGGUGGACGGCGCUCUGGCGUUUCUGGUGGGAACGCUGACGCACCGCAGCCACACCAACACGCUCGCCAUCAUCGAGAGCGGCGGCGGCAUCCUGCGCAACGUCUCCAGCCUCAUCGCCACCAACGAGGCGCACAGGCAGAUCCUGCGUGAACACGGCUGCCUGCCGACGCUGCUGCAGCACCUGAAGUCUCACAGUCUGACCAUCGUGUCCAACGCCUGCGGGACGCUCUGGAACCUGUCGGCGCGAGACGCCAAAGACCAGGAGGCGUUAUGGGAGCUGGGCGCGGUGGGCAUGCUGCGUAACCUCAUCCACUCCCGGCACAAGAUGAUCGCCAUGGGCAGCGCCGCCGCCCUGCGCAACCUGAUGGCCAACCGGCCGGCGCGCUACAAGGACGCCAGCGUGGUGUCGCCGGGCGCCGGCGCCCCUUCGCUGCACGCCCGCAAACAGAAGGCGCUGAUCGAGGAGCUGGACGCCCAGCAGCUGUCAGAGACUUUUGACAACAUCGACAACCUGAGUCCCAAGGCGGCGCACAGGAAGGGGCGGGGCUGCAACGGCGCCAGCGGAGGAGGAGGAAGCACGACACGCUCGUACGCCAACACCCCGGUGCUGUCGAGCCCUAAAAACGGAGACGGAUCAAAGAGGACGAGCGAGGAAGCGGCGUACGCUCGGCCGGUGUUCUCGCCCAGCGUGCGAGCGUCCAGCGACAGCCUGAACAGCGUGACGAGCGCCGACGGCUACGGAAACCGCGGCAAAACCAAACCGUCGUCGUCGGAGCCGUUCUACUCGUCGGACGAGAGCGGAGCCAACAGGUGCUGCGUCUACAGGAAGUACCCCGCCGACCUGGCGCACAAGAUCCGCAGCGCCAACCACAUGGCGGACGACGACGGCGCGGAGCUGGACACGCCCAUCAACUACAGCCUCAAGUACUCCGACGAACAGCUGAAUUCUGGGAGACAGAGUCCGAGUCACCGCGGCGGCAUCGAGAGCGACGACGACGACGAGCAGGACGCCAGGCUGAGGAGGAGGAACGACGGCGGCGACUCCGCGGCGAGCGGCGGUCGCAUGAUGUCUGUACCGCCGUCGCGCUACGUCGUCGUCACGGGAACGUCAAACUACGGCGGCGACUCGGCGAGCGAGCAGCCGAUCGACUACAGCCUGAAGUACGGCGCCGACGCUCCUCGCAAGCCUUUGUUCAAGCCGGAAGAGAGCGCCGCCGCCUCGCUGCCCCCUCCGCCGUCCUCCUCCGCCAGCAAGCCCCGCCCCCCUCCCCCAGCCAAUCGGGCGGUGCCGAAAAGCAACCAGGAGAUGACGCAGACGUACUGCGUGGAAGACACGCCCAUCUGCUUCUCCAGAGGCAGCUCUCUGUCCUCGCUCUCCUCGGAGGAGGAAGAGGAGGACGGCGACGUCAUCGGCAGGAAGAGGAGAGGCGGGAGCGUCAUCGGCGGCGGCGGCAACGACUACCCGACACUUCCUGUGAGCGAGAAGGACGCGCACGAGCAGCAGCAGCAGCGGCAGCAGAAGGAGGCGGAGAGCCAGACGGCGACCGCCGCCGCCGCCGCCGUUCCCUCCACACGCGGAAGGCGAGGUCACCACCACCAUCACGGCCACACCCACCACCAUCACCACCAUCACGUGACCUCGUCGGGCGCCAGGACUCCUAAAAGUCCUCCGGAGCAGCCGUACGCUCAGGAGACGCCGCUGAUGUUCAGCCGCUGCACGUCCGUCAGCUCCCUCGACAGCUUCUCCACCUCCUCCAUCGCCAGCUCCGUGCGCUCCAGCGAGCCGUGCAGCGGCGUGCCGAGCGGCGUGGUCAGCCCCAGCGACCUGCCCGACAGCCCGGGACAGACCAUGCCGCCGAGCCGCGCCAAGACGCCGCCGCUCCCUCCGCCGACUCAGAAGACGAAAGAGGAGGAAAAGGCGAAGAAGAAGGACGAGGAGGAGAGCAGCGCCGACGUCCUGCUGCACUUCGCCACCGAGAGCACGCCGCACGGCUUCUCCCGCGCCUCCAGUCUGAGCGCGCUCAGUCUGGACGAGCCGUACAUCGCGGCAGAGAUGAUGAAGAAGAAAGAGGAGGAGGAAGGAGGCGGCGAGGAGAGGAAGGAGGAGGAGGCCAAACAGAUCCUCGACGAAUCCGACGACGACGACGACAUCGAGAUCCUGGCGGCGUGCAUCGACAUGGCCAUGCCCAAGUCGUCACGGAAACCAAAGAAACAGCAACAAGCGGCGCCACGGAAACCCAGCCAGCUUCCCGUCUACAAGCUCUUCCCGCCUCAGAGCCGCGGCCAAUCACAGCAGAGGAAGGACGUGCCGCCGCCGCCGGAGGAGGUGCCGAGAGUCUACUGCGUGGAGGGAACGCCGCUGAACUUCUCCACCGCCACCUCGCUCAGCGACCUCACCAUCGACUCUCCGCCCAAUGAGGAGGCAGCGGCGGUCAUACCCGUAGCCCCGCCCACUUCCUCCCAGAGGAGGCGGGCAGGACUUCCUGAGGGCGAGAACGGCGACGACAUCCUCGCCGAGUGCAUCAGUGCCGCCAUGCCCAAAGCUAAACCCAGGAAGCCCGUCAGAGCGGCGGCGGCCAACGGCGAGCACCUCCAAACCCCGCCCCUCCCGCCUCCCCUCCCUCCUCCGGUCCCGCCUCCUCUCGGCCCGCAGCAGCAGAAGAAGAAGCCGACGUCGCCGGUGAAGCCGAUGCCCCAGCGGGCGGCGUACAGCGUCGCCGCGGCGACGGCCGCCAAAGCGAAGCCGGGGUUCGCCUUCGACUCGCCGCGACACUACACGCCCAUCGAGGGCACGCCGUGCUGCUUCUCACGCAACGACUCGCUGAGCUCGCUCGACUUCGACGAAGACGACGGCGGAGUCGAGAAGGACGAAGAGGAAAAGAAAACAAAAGAAGAAGAAGGCAGGAAGAGGAAACAGCAGACGGCGGCGGUUUUCCCUCGAACCAAACUGGCGACGAACCCGCCGGCGCCGGACGAGAAGCAGAAGUUCGCCAUCGAGGACACGCCCGUCUGCUUCUCCAGGAACUCGUCCCUCAGCUCGCUGAGCGACAUCGACCAGGAGAACAACAACAAGGAGUUCGCUCCGCCGCCGCCGCCGGAGAAACAAGAUGGAGGCAAAGCUGCAGCCAAGUCUCCUCCUCCUCCGCCGCCGCCGCCACAGGCGGAGUCGAAGCCCCGCCCCCCCGCAGCCAGCGGCUACGCCCCCAAAGCGUUCCACGUGGAGGACACGCCCGUCUGCUUCUCCAGGAACUCGUCGCUCAGCUCGCUGAGCAUCGACUCGGAGGACGACCUGCUGCAGGAGUGCAUCAGCUCCGCCAUGCCCAAGAAGAAGAAGAAAGCCUCCGCCGCCGCCGUCCCCGCCGCCGCCGCCACGCAGCUUCCUGUUCCCAAAAUAGAUGAAGGCAUUCUGGCUGAAGAGGAGCCUUCAGAGGCGCCGAGAAGCCCCGCCUCCCCCGACUCCGAGUCGUUUGAUUGGAAGGCCAUCCAAGAAGGCGCCAACUCCAUCGUCAGCAGCCUCAACGCCGCCGCCGCCGCCGCCGCCUCGUCUCUGUCCCGCCAACCCUCAUCAGACUCGGACUCGGUUCUGUCCCUCAAAUCCGUCGGCUCGCCGUUCCGCCUGCCGGCGCCGAACAACAACGCAGAAGAAGAAGAAGAAGCGGAGGAGAAGGAGGAGGCGAAGCGAGGAGCGAGGAUCCUGAAGCCGGGAGAACGCAGCACGCUGGAGGCCAAGAAGAAGAAGGACGACGAAGAGGAGGAGACGAAGGCGCUGCGAGGCGGGAAGAAGGUUUACAGGAGUCUGAUCACCGGGAAGCCGAGGGCGGAGCCCGCAGCCAGGGGGCGGAGCAAACCCAGAGCGGCGGCCGUGGCGAAAGCUCCGGGAAGCGGCGACGGCGCCGACAGAGGCGGGUCGUCACGGGACUCCACGCCGUCUCGCUCUUCAUCGGCGGCCAAUCAGAAAGGAGGAAAGCUGUCGCAGCUGCCCCGCACGGCGUCUCCGGGGAGCGCGUCGUCAUCGUCGGCCUCCAGACCGGCCAAACAGAGCGCCGCGGCGGCGAGGAGCGGCGGCGGCGGCAUCCCGAGGAGCGAGUCCGCGUCGAGGGUCGGCGGCUCCACGGCGGCCAAGAAGCAGAAGGCGGAGCCUGAGAAGCCGACGCUCGUCCGUCAGUCGACCUUCAUCAAAGAAGCGCCGAGUCCGACGCUGAAGAGGAAGCUGGAGGAGUCGGCGGCGGCGGCGGCGCUCGAGUCUCCGUCCAGCCCGGACACGCCGCUGCCGGCGACGACGAGGAGACACGACGUCAACCGCUCGCACUCCGAGAGCCCGUCACGCCCACAGGAAGCGACGUCGUCACGCUUCAGUCGCACCGGCACGUGGAAGCGGGAGAACGGCGGUGGCGGCGGCGGAGGAAACGGCGGCAAACACUCGACGUCGUUACCACGCGUCGGGACGUGGAAGCGGACAGGAAGCUCGUCCUCGGUGCUGUCGGCCUCGUCGGAGUCCAGCGAGAAGGGGCGGAGCGAGGAGGAGAGCGCCGCCAGGUCGAAGGGAACAUGGAGGAAGGCGAAGAGCGGCGGCGACUCGUCGGCCGCCAGGAGCGGCGGCGACCAACCGGAGGACGUGUGGGUGCGUCUGGAGGACUGUCCCGUCAACAACCCGCGUUCCUCCUCUUCCUGUUCAGCUCGCUCUCCCACCGCCGCCAACGCCCCGCCCGUCAUCGACAGCCCCGCCCCCAGCAAGAUCCCCUCCUCCUCCUCCUCUUCCUCCUCCUCCAACCUCAACCUGCGCCGGAGCUGCGAGAGCCUCGACGACAAGCUGCCGCCGCCGCCGCCGCCUGAACGCCAACAACAACAACAACAACAACAGCAGCGCAGUCAGCAGCGCAGCGGCGCCGUGGCGGCCCGAGUCAGCCCCUUCAACUACACGCCGAGCCCCAGGAAGAGCAGCACCGACGUCACGGCCACGUCCACCACCACCACGUCAUCAUCCACCACGCCCACACGGCCCUCACUCAUCCCCACCCCCGUCACCAAGAAACGGGAGCCGAAAGGUGGAGAAGGUGGCGGUAGCGGCGGCGGCGGCGGCGGUGAACGCGGCUCGUACAUCGUGACGUCAGUGUGAAAAGAAACGGGACACAAAACGGCGGCCAAAGCUGAGACAGUCGUGUAAAUACGGAGGAGAAACGUCAAAGUGUUUGUGAACUGAACUGUACAGGAAGUGAGUCUGUAUUUAAGUGCUAGCCCCGCCCCCCCACCUCCCCUCCUCCCGUCAUUGGCUCCUCUCACCUGUCAGUCAAGCUUCUUUAAUCGACGAGAAAAAACUUUACAAAUGAACUUUUUAUGUUUUUAUACCACUAAAAUGAUGUGUAGCGCUUAGCUCCGCCCCUCUCUGCCUUUGUCCCUGCAUGGCCCCGCCCCCUACCUUAACAAUGACAGUUACCAUGGUGACAUAAUGACGACGAUGAUGAUGAUGAUGAUGAUGAUAACGAUGUUUCUGCUAGCUGUAGCGUCUGAGCUCCUUCUGCUCUGUUGGAAGUUUUUCUUAUUUGAAGGUUUUCGGUUCCAAACAGAUUUUUGUCUUCAAACGUUUCAAACGUUUCAAACGAUCGUCGAUCCUUCGAUCCGUCGCUUCUACCAAUCAGAGAAGUUUCCUCCAGACAAAUUAAAGCGGGAAUAUUCAGAGUAUGUUUGGAUUCGGCUGCGUUCAGGAAUCUAAAACUUAAUUAAACGAUUAAAUCGAAUCGUUUGUUUCGUGCGUUGAAGACAGAAAUCUGUUCCUGAACCGACCUCCAGACUCACAACCUGCUUUUAUUCCGGGGAGGAAAGUUUCCCGCCGGCCGACUGAAACUCGUUCGUGAGUUCGAGUCGUUCUGUUUGUCGUCCGCCGGCGGAAACUUUCCCGCUCUGUAUCGCCUUGGAAACAAAUAACACUGUAAAACGUAAGUUAUUGCUGUAAAACCUUAAACCUUUUAACUUUAAAAGCACAUAAUUUAAAAAGAAAAGUGAUUUUUUUUUUUUGCCAAAAAGUUUCCACAGUUUUAUUCACGGCUGUAACUUUUCUUGUUCAGUUGGUUUUCACUGUUUCUCUGUUGAAGCUGAAGGAAAACGAGUCGAAAUGUUAAACAGAUAACGAACAAUAAAGCUAAACAUUUUAGGUGCAAA